GCGAUUCCAAGCAAAAGCAACUUGUUUUUUCCCGACUUGACGAAGUCUGCGCUGCCGUGGCCUACCUACAAAUCUUGUGUGUUCGAAGAAGAAAUCGAUAGUUUUUCGCAAGUCCUCGAGCUGCCAGUUGAACUCAGUUAGAUCGCAUUCCCAUUGAACAAGAAGAAUCUUCACACGUGAUUGUGAACGGGGCUCGAAACGUGGUCCGAACCCGAAGGCAGAUCGAGAAGCAUUCAGGCUAGUAGACGAAAGCGUAUCUUCUUUGCGAUUAAUUACACAGGUCCUUCAUCAUCCCAUGCCUCUAAUAUACAUGGAUCUUCUUUCUGCAAUCCAUGGCGAUGGCCCUUGGCCAACGUCUCAACCUACCCCUCGUAGCCAUUGGUGUAGUUUUGUAGCAAGAUGCAUUUGUUAUUGUUUUUCCAUCCUAACUUUUUACACCAGAUCGACGCAGCGACACCCUAGGACUCCCUUUAUGUUUUCAUUUUCCCGAAGAAAUCAUUCGAGUAUCAAAAUCAUCUUCGACCCUCUCUGGUACUCGUGACACCUACGCUUUGUUUCGUAUACCAUUCGAACCCGAACACUGGUCUAGAAAAACAUAGAUCGAUUUCCGAACACUAGUUUCUUGACCUGGAUGCCACGUCGAGCGGACUACUAGCCGCCUUUGAACAUUUUGAUGCUGGCUUGAAUGGGUUACCCCUACUUCACGUCAACGAUACAGUCAUCGCCCUAUUAACAUCACUAGACCACUUCCUGGCUCGUUGUGGCCAUGUCAGCUGCCCAAGCGCGAAUGCUCCCGCCCAACCUGGUAUCAAAGGGGAAGGGCAAGGGCAAGAAGCGGCCGGGGAACAACAAUCCGCCAGUCGCAAACGGGGGCGGUGGAGGUCGACCACCGCAGAAAGAAACACUCCUGCCCCCCGACGAUGGAAAACCACACGACCGCAGUAGGAUGAACAAGAAAGACGGCGAUGCAGCAGCAAAUAAGCCGCAAAAACGACGACGGCCGAAUGCGGAAGACAGCGACGAGGAGAAGGAGGUGGAGGGCAGAAAGGACUUCAAUCCCUUCGGCACCUCGAAGAAAGAGCAGGCCGAGUUCGAGGAUUACGACUCAAACGCACUAGACUACGAGCAGAUACGGCAAAGCAGGUUAAACGCGAGGAAAACCGGCGGAACGGUGAAGGACACGGUAUUUUUUGUAGUAGAGAGGACAAUUCUGGCUCUGAUCAUACUGACUACUUUUGAUCUUGCUGCGUGUUGACCUAUGAAUGCAAAAUGAAUUCAACCGGGAAAAAUAGAGAUCACUAUUGAUUUUUGCGCAUUCGGACGGUGUCGGUAGUUGUAGUUCCACUUAUAUCCCCAUUUGAUUCCUAGAUAACGAUAGACUUACGACUCUGUCUUCCCGUCCCCACCCACGUAAAAAUUCUUCCCAGGUCGGCGAAGGCGAGGGUAUUCGCGAGGAGAAUCCGACCCUGGACCGGGAGCAAGAGCUGGGGUACCGGCUGGAGGCCUUCAACAUGGACCGCGAGAUGGAGGAGGGGCGGUUCGACGAGGGUGAGGGCGUGUUCCAGUUCGACGAGGUGCGGCAACUGAAGGAGGUUACAGACAUGUGGCUGGAUGAGGUGGAUAAGGGCACGAAGGAGGCAAAAAUGACCGACAAGGACAUUCGACUUAUACGGGAGCGGGAGGCCGAGGAAGCGGAGAAGAACAGAGGUAUGCUUUGGUUGCUUGUUUCAGCUCUGGCUUCGCACAUGUAGCCGACUCAUUUACUAAUUUUUUCCUCCGCUUCACGACUCAAAGUUGCGAGCAGUGGCCGUUAGUAGGUUGACUUGUGUGAGCAGGACGAACUACUUACAACAAUAUGUGGACUUUUAUAAUCAUUUCGCCUCUUGAGAAGGAGGCUCCAGUGCUUUCGCUUUCGAGAUGAGCGCCGUGUAUAAAAAGCGAAGUACUUUUUUUUUAUCACUUCAGUGAACUACAACCCGGAGCGGUUAAAGCGAGAAUUAGCCGACCUGCUUGCCGCGAGCGAGACACCCGGGGACGCGAUGCGGCGAUUGAAUCGCGAAGCCGGCAUCCGCGAGGCGUCGACUACAACCGGUGGCUCCUCCUCCUCCUCCACCGCCGGCUCCUCCAGCAAGUUCCUGCUACCGCACGAACGCAAGAAGCGCAAGCUGGAGAAGCAACAGCAGGGCGUAGCGGGCACCAACGGUAAUAGUACUGCGGACGGCAAGAAUGGGAGUGGCAGCAAGGUAGAGACCAACAAGUCGAAGCGCGUGUUCGACCCGGUUUGGGGGACGUGGACCACUUCUUCCGGCGCGUCGUCCGGGGUUGCAGGACAACCACAGCUGGCCGCCGGGGAAGUAUUUGCGCCGGGCUACAAAAAGCGGGUUGUGGACGUGAAACUCAAGGGCGCCGAGGACGCCAGUCGCAUCGGGGAGCUGUGCAACAUUCUCUUGGAGCUCGGGGCCUUUGACAUCUACGACAUACCGAAGGAGAAAAUCGUACCGCCGGAGGUACGCAAGGCCCAGACUGCCCAGAUGAACGACAUGAUGAAAGAUUUGCUCGACGACUCCGACGACGAGGAGGAAGGCGGCGCGUCGAAAAACGGCGCGGUUCCAGGGAACAAAAGCAGUCCGCCGGCUGCACCAGCUGUGCCGGGAGCUGGUGGUGCAGGUCCUGCAAGUGCUACAUCAUCUUCCGGAGCUAGUACAACAUCAUCGAGAAAAUGGCAAUACCAGCUGAACGGGCAGACCUACGGCCCUUUCGAGGGCGCAAUGAUGAAGAUCUGGGAGCCGAUGCUCAAGGGCAAGGGACUCAAGGUACGCGUCGUAGAUGCGCAAGGCCGGCCAACGGACGCACACGCGCCGUGGGGAAAUUACGACGAAACAGAUUUCACGUGA